AUGGCCGCAGCGGGCAGGGUGCUGGUGUACGGGGGUAGAGGGGCGCUGGGAUCUCAGUGCGUGCAGUACUUCAAGUCCAGGAACUGGUGGGUGGCCAGCAUUGACCUGGCGGAGAACGAGGAUGCCAGUGCCAACGUGGUGGUGGGGCCGACCGACUCCUUCACCGAGCAGGCCGAGCAGGUGACAGCAGAAGUUGGAAAACUUCUUGGUGAAGCAAAGCUGGAUGCAAUCUUGUGUGUAGCAGGAGGAUGGGCUGGAGGCAGCGCCAAAGCUAAAUCUUUAUACAAAAACUGUGAUCUGAUGUGGAAGCAGAGCGUUUGGACAUCAACAAUUUCCAGCCACCUAGCCACAAAACAUCUGAAAGAGGGUGGCCUCUUGACUUUGACGGGAGCUCAAGCUGCUUUAUCUGGAACCCCAGGGAUGAUUGCCUAUGGCAUGGCCAAAGGAGCAGUGCAUCAGCUUUGUCAGAGUUUAGCUGGUGCCACUAGUGGCUUGCCAUCUGGUUCUGCUGCUGUGGCCAUCUUACCGGUUACCUUAGAUACAGCAGCAAACAGGAAAUCAAUGCCUGAUGCAGAUUUCAGCUCCUGGACACCCUUAGAAUUCAUUGUUGAAACAUUUUAUGACUGGAUAACAGAAAAGAAUCGACCAAACUCAGGGAGUCUAAUCCAGGUGAUAACUACAGGAGGGAAGACUGAACUAGUUGCAGCAGCACAUCUUUGAUGUCAGUCACUUAAGACAGUGGAACUUCAGCAGAAGAGAAGCUAUGGAAAACCUGUCUGCAAUAUAAUUUGGGUAGUCUCCUGUAUCAGUGAUUGUAGUUAUGUCCUCAAUGGAACCAGCUUUCAAGUAGUAUUUCUGUGCUGUUGUUUGUGAGCUUUCAGCAUUUGUUUACCAGCAAGCAUCAAGUAUUUGUUUCUAAAUGAAAGUUGCAGGCUUUCAAGUCGGUAGAUGUCUGAGCAUUAUCUGUUUCAUUAACCUCCUUUCUCUGAAAGGAGAGUUGUGCUUAGUUGUCAUGUAAUCACAUGCAUAAUGGCUGGAGGUUUUUCCCAGUCCGAAAGUGGUUCCUGGCAACUUACUCUGUAUGUCUCAGUAUUCUGUCUGUCUGAGAAUAUAAUCCUGUCCCUGUGUGUUCUGUUGGCUGUAGUUACAGGAUACAUUGCAGUCACAUACAACAUCCUAGUCUUGUAAUGUUUUCUUUUGUGAAUGUUCCACUGGAGGUAACAGAACUGUGAAGAGAUUGCUCACUCGAGAAGGAGUUCCUAAUUUGCCUUACAUUUUCUAAGAUGCUAUCAGGCCUACAGCUGUAGGGUAAAGCAGUCCUUCUGCCAAAGGAUCAGUGUGUCUGUGUUAGUCAUGACAGUUCUUGACUUUUCUGAAAAGCCAAGUGAUGUAAAGAAGCACUAGGAAAAGCAUAUACACUCUUCUAUUUGAAUAUGGAACUUGU